AUGCCUGAAGUUGGGUUGGUGGCAGCUCCAGUGGGCGAGACUUCAGAUUUCUCCAGCAUUUCAGAUCUCCAGGUCACCAUUUUGAUUGUAUUUCUUCUUACUUCUAGCAUUGCUACUUUGACACUCAUCCUGCGGCUGUACACUGGAGCAUUUCUGGUCCGGACUCUGAAGUUUGAUGCGUUCUUUCUCUUCUCAGCAUGGGCUGUGUACCUCUCCUCCUUUAUCACCAUGGUCAGAGUGAUGCCGUGCGGCUUUGGCAAACACGCCUGGAACAUAACAGAGAGCGGGUACCAGUGCUACAAGAGUGUGCUUCUCUUCCUCGGUGUAUCCUAUUUCUUCCCGCCAGCCCUCGUGAAGCUCUCUGUCGUCAUCCUCUACCUCCGAAUCGACCCUUCACGCUUCUUCCGGAUCGUGCUAUACUUCAUCGCUUUAUCAUGCACUGCCUACACCAUUGCCUUCACCGUCAUACUCUCGGGCCCCUGCAACCCACUCGAACAGAACAGCAGCGUUUGCCUCAACAAUGUCGCCCUGGCCCAGGCCAUGCUGAACAUUACAAUGGAUAGCGCGCUACUCGUAAUGCCCAUGGUGACAAUUCAUAGGCUGAAGAUGGAGAGAAGGCAGAAAAUGGCCGUGAUACUGAUUCUGGCCAUAGGCUCCGGGACCGUCAUAGCAUCCUGCAUUCGCAUUGCCUAUAUCCGCACUAUGGUCAACAACCCGGACGUGCUCUGGACCCAAGGCAGCGCGGCCAUCUGGAGCGCUGUGGAAAUCAACAUUGGUAUCCUGUGUAACUGCCUCGCAAUGCUCAGACCGUUUGUGCGUCGCCAUUUACCGUCGCUCCAGAGCUUUAUCGGCAUUGGUAGUCGAUCGUGCUGGAAGGGAAAGAAAAGAGCAAGAUACCUUCACAGGGAAAGGAGAGGUCGUGAUGGGAAUGGAUCAUACGAGCUGCACAGCUUUGGGAGGGACAUAGAACUAGGCGACAACGUGGGCCAGGCGAGUGUUCACAUCGAGGGAGGGGACAAGGUCAAUGGCGGACGGGCUGCGCAGGAGGAAGCGGAGAGGCUGGGAGGUAUCCUGGUCACCAAGACCGUGAGUGUGAGCAGGUCAAGGGACAGUGACAGGAGCACGCAAGAUAUCCUAGUGGGGGCGAGGCUCGACGGCCUCCCUGCUCCCUCGAGCAGGGCCAAAACGAGAUACGUAAUUUGA